GAGAUUAUAUUGUGGUGUUAUUAGAUCAUCCCCAAUUUCGGCAUCACUGGUAGAAAUGGAUGAAAUACAUUCACAUCUACGUAGGUUACAGCAAGAGGACAUAAGGUUGGUCAUCCGACAUUGGCAACAUUGGUAAGAGUGCUAUCAGACCUUCAGUUUUGGGUGGAUGGGAAAUGAAUGGGCACAUAAUCUUGAUUUGUUUAAUGUGGAAUAUGGUCACAGUGUACCUCUUUCUGUCACUCCUUCAUGGUUUUUCCAUUUGCCUGUGGAUGAUUUAAGCCUGCAAGAACAGACCAGGAUGAAGAUUGAUUGCAUACCAAUGGUAAAGGUAGCUCAGCAAUAUUAGCAAGGCAGAUAUUAUGGUUCCUUACAUAUCAAUACAGAUGGUUCAAAAGAUCCAGAGACAGGUCUUUCAGGUGUUUCCAUUUAUGUUCCAAAGUUUCAGGUAGCUACUAAGAAAAGAUUACCAAAGUGUCAGUCUUCACAUCUGAGAUGAUUGCUAACAUUUUAGCCUUGGAAUGGGUCAAAAAAUAUAUCUUGAUUUUGUACUUGUGUUCUGAUUCAUUCUCCGUUUUUAUAUUUAUUAAAACAAGUAUUUCAAAUUGUAGGCCAGACAUUCUUCUUGAGAUUGGACAACAUCGGUUGAGGCUGCAGGGUCUAGGCUUGUGCAUCCAGUUCUUAUGGUCCUUAUCCAUGUUAGGGGUGAAGACGACGAAUUGGCUGACAUUCCAGACAAGCAAUCACAUAAAAUAAAGGAUUUAAAUGUACGGGUGUCUUUGCAUAAAAAGGUGGGUCAUAAUUAAAAAGUCUAUUUGAUGAAUAUGACAACAAAGUUAGGAGAAAGAAAGGACAGCAUUUAUAUAAAAUUCAGAGGAUGGUGGGAACAGAGAUGGGUAUAAAAGGAGGGAAGACGUUAUACUUACACAUUUACGUAUUGCAUAGGUUAGGUGAAAGUAACACACAAAAUGCUGGAGGAACUCCGUAGGUCAGGCAGCGUCUAUGGAAAUGAAUAAACAGUCAACAUUUCGGGCUGAGACUUUUCUUCGGGACUGAAAGGGAAGGGGAAAACUCCAGAAUAAAAACGUGAGGGCAUUAUUUGAAUGCAGUUCCUCUGAAGUACAAAGGAAACAUCCGACUGCUAAAUUGAGACCUUUGGGGCAGACACAGUUUGACAUGGCAAGUCUGUUAGGAUAUCACAGCUAUCAUUAGGUGUGGCUGACUUUCUGAAAAGAAUUAAGACUUUUUGAUAUGAUUAGCUUUUUUUUAAGCGGGGAAAUUUAAUUCCCGUCUCUUUCCUCCACACUCCACCUCAGUAGGCGGCGGUAAUACACCUGAUGUUGGUCUGGCAGCCACCAUUGAACUUCACAGGCCUCCUCCGUCGACUGCGCCAUCUAUCGGGCUGUGGGCAGACGCUCACCGACACAUGCGCACUGGGAACAGUGAUCGUUGCCCAGAGGUCUGUGCAGGAGCGGUUCCAUUUUGGUAAAGCAUCUUCGAUCCCGUUGUUCGUCUCGUCACCGUUGUCUUUGUGAUACGUCCCGGCGAGUUCUCGAUGGGAUCUGAACGUGUGUUUGACCAGUUAUAGGUACACUUUAGCAGUUGGACUAUCCAUACUCAACUCGCCAGCGUAAUCAGUGUGGAUUGAAAAGUGGGGGAUGCAAUGGGUGAUGGUCUCAUGUACAGAAGUCCUCUGCCACAAUCCAGUCGUAUGCAGGGAAAAUAUUCUCUCCGUGAUGACCACUCUCGUGAGUUUCUGGGCAUGAUGCCUGCUGAUGAUACAUACAAACGGAGGUCAGACUAUGGAUCGCGUUCUUUGUCACAGAGAGAAGGAAGAAGAUCAAGUGAACGUGAUGUGGACAGGUUUAGGAAGAUCCCUUACUCCCACUUGAGGUCUGAUGAUCGAGGAAGAGAUUCCAAACGUUCUCAACUUGAACAUCGCAGUCGUAGCAGGGAUCGUCAUAGCAGAGAGCACCGUAGCCGCAGUCCAGAAAGGCAUCGGAAUUAUAGAACCAGAAGCCCUGACCGGCCACAAAAUCUGACCCCGCAUCGGAAUCCUGCCAGCAGUCAUGCUCAGGAGCAUUUUUCUUACAGCAAAAGUAAAAAUGAUGAAUUUCGUGAAUUAGAAAUUGCUCGCAGGAGGAAGGAGCAAGAGGAAAGGAUUAUAGCAGAAAUGCUUCCUCCCUCUCAGCGAGAACUUUCAAACUCACCUUACCGCUUGUCUGAACGUUUUGAGAAGGGUACAUCAAGCUUGCAGCAGUCUCCGAGGAGUGGUUAUAUCUUGCAUAGACCAGAUGAGGCGCCACAGAUGCCAAAGAAAUCUAUACUGAAGAAGCGCACUGAACCAGAAUUGGAAUCCUCAGCUGCUAUGCAGUUUGAUGAAUAUUGUGGUGUCACAGUGAAUGAAAAGGCUGAACGUCGAGAUGGUUACCCUCCAUCACAAAGCUUCAUGCGGUUGCCACAGAAAGAAUUGAACUUCCCCGAGGCCGAACAGUUCUCUUUCAUGCGAGACAACAGAGAAAUGCAUCGAAUUACUGAGCAAGCUGGACUCUCUGGUUUAACAAAUACUAACUUCCAUUUUGAACGGGAGCUUCCAGCUAAGUAUACCACAAAGUCAGAAUUGGAAAUUCCUUCUGAGAAUAAGGUCUGUGGUGCAGAUUUCCUACUCCCACAUGAGCAAGCCAGUCAGGGAAACAGUGGAUUCUCUCGUAUAAUUGGCCUAUUGGCAGAGGUUGACAACAAUUUCCAAGAAAGGAAACAUAACUUUCCAAAUAUAGAUGAUGAAGAAAGGUUCCUGUAUGGAGAGCUUGAGGAAGACAAGACUGGUUCUCGCAAAUUUAGACCAUCUUAUUCUUUCAACAACCUUCUUCCUCUAAGACAAACCAAUCUGCCAGAAGGAUUGUCCAGUACAGAAAUGGGGAAGACUGAUAAAGAGUAUGAAAAGAUCCAUGAUCUGUUGAAAACUAUUGGCCUCGAUAUUGGUGUUUCAGAGAUUAGCAAAUUGGCAGCUCGUACUCAGGAGCGCCUUCACGGGAAGAAAUCUUCAACACAGUCACCUGAUAGCCCUUUGGAUUCCCAUAAUUCUGGCUCUUGGGAUAAAUUGAGGACCCGAAAUGAUACAAAAUCACUGGAGCCUCAUCUGCAGUCCCGAAUGAAAUUGUCAAAACAAGAAAAUAUCUCUCACCCAGGUUUGAAAGAGAGCAAGGAAUCUUUCAGAAGAGAAACAAAUGUAAAGGCCAAAGAGCCUGAGAGGGCAGCUCCACUGUAUCCUGCUCCAACUAAUUCAAUAAACUGUAAGUCUGGUUUAUUGCCUACUCCAUCAUCAGCAUUUGUCAUGCCACCCUAUGGUCAAUUUGCAUUACCUCCAAUAAACUAUCCGCUAAAUCCUCCACCACUUGCUUUUAAUCAGUACAACCCUUAUCUCGCAUACACAACUCCUGCCUGGCCAAGAUACCCACCUCCACAGGUCAGUGAACCAAGUAGUCCAGUCGUAGUAAUGAUGCCACAAUCAAAGGUCUCCCGUCCAAAUUUGAGGGUCAUUGAAACAGUCAGUAAUCCCACACAAACCGUGGACCAAAAACGAGAGGAGUCAGUGCUGGUGCGAGUGCAGACAACUCUUACACCCACCCAAACCCCAGAAUCGUCCUCAAACCGAUUGAUGUCCAAGUCUACUGAGGAAGAUAAAAGAAAAGCUGAGCAGAAACGAAAGGUCUUGGAAGAAAAAGCAAAACUCCAGAAGGAGAAAGAAUCUCGGCAGAAGCGCCUGGAUUAUCUUGGAAAUGAGUUGCAGAAGCUCAGUAAACAACAAGGGGAAUUGCUAAGAAAGAAACGUCGUGAGAAGGAUGGACAUAAGGAUCCUCUUCUGGUUGAAAAUGGCAAGCUUCAAGAAGAUAUUGUUCGCCAGAUGUCGAUAGUUCGUCAACAGGUUGAGGACACAGAGAAAAAGCUUUCCGAGCUAGAGAAGGUGGCUCAAAUUUUGGGGGUGGUCAUUCAAGAGAAAACUUCAAAACUUCAUGAUUUAAAUAAGGAUGAUGCCUUGGAAAAAGUGCUGCUAAAAGGAGAAACAUUGCCAUCAUCAGAGGAGAUUUCAACAAGAAAAGGAUCUCAGAAGGAAUUGGAUGAUACUACAGAGAAGCUCUGUGAAAGUUUCUCUGAAGCUGGGGAUGUGUACGAAUACUAUGAUGCAGGAAACCACUGGUGCAAAAAUUGCAACACCAUAUGUGGGACACUCUUCGACUUUUUCACUCACAUGCAUAACAAACGGCACAGGCAGACGCUGGAUCCCUACGAUAGACCAUGGUCUGCAAAGAUGGUGAUUGAAGAUAAAAAUGACUCCAUUAAGCGAACUGACAAAAUAGCUGUGCCAGCAAAAGGUUCAGAGUUUCUGAUGCCAGUCACUGGAUUUUACUGCCAGCUCUGUGAGAAAUUCUACGGAGAUCAGAUUUGUGCUGAAGAUCAUGUCAAAUCACAUGCUCAUAAUGAUAAGUAUAAGGAAUAUUUAAAUGAGAAUCCUGUCUAUGAACAGCGGAGAAACCUAGACCGCCAAGCUGGCUUAGUGGUGAUCAUGGAGACGGAGCGACGGCGCCAAGGGGGGCUGAAAAGGAAAAUAGAUGAAGACAAGGAAGUUCAGAAACAGAAGAAUUCGGAGGAAGCUCGUUUGGGUUGCCAGGCAUUGUUUCUACUGACUUCAGGAGAUGGGGAAGAGAAUCUCCUUCAUUCUUUUACAUCCAUAGAGUGUACCUCAUUAUCUUGCAAUCUUUUUAUGCCUAUCCUCCCGAACUCAGCAUGGUCCAGGUACCAAAUGGAAUUAACUGAUAUCUUUCAAGGCGAAUUCUGGCAUUCUUGGAGAAGAUGCACUGUGCAGGGAAUUUGUGGUGAGACGUGGCUGUGAAACAAUCUCAGGUUUUGGGGCCUCCUCCGUGGUGGUUGCUGGAGUUGACUCUGGGACUGUAGGAAGUGGUUACGACAGCUCUGGACACCUUUCUUCUGGUGUCAUCCCAGGCUUAUCUGGAUGAUGUGGAUCAUUAUGUGUGAGUACAGUGUCUGAUGUCAACAUUUCCUUUACUUUCACACUGCUUUGUCCAUUGCCAUUUCUUCCCAAACUGUAGUGAUGAAUUCAAGGGUUGGAACGCAGUAGCCAGGUUUGACAGGAACCUGUUAUAUUAGUUGACAAAUCCUAAGAGGGACUGCAGCUGUGACAUGUCCUUUGGCUUUGGGGCAUGCACCACUCCUUGAAUUUCCUCAGUACCCUUGUGUUAUUCUUGUGUGUCAAUGGUGUGACCACAGUAAGUGAUGCUUGGUUUAAAGAAUUAAUACUUGUUGCAUCGUGCUCUGAGCCCAUAAUCUUCUAAUCUUAUUAACACUGUUUUGAGAUUUUGGGGAUGUCCCUUGUUAUCCUUGCCAGUAACAAAUGAUAUCAUCCAGGUAACACUGAAUGCCUGGACAGAUUUGCAGCACAUGGUCCAUAGCUUUCUGACAAAGUGCAGGUCCAGAUGUUACUCCAAAAAUAUUCUGUUAUAGCUUUGAAGUCCCUUGUGAGUAUUUUUGGUGAUAAACACUUUAAACUCUUCUUUCAUCUCUAUCUGCAGGUAAGCCAAAGCCAAGUCUACUUUGCUAAAGUGUUUUCCCUCCAGAAAGGUUUACAAAAAUAUUCUCUAUCCUGGGCAGAGGGUAUUGACUUGCUUUCAGUACUGGGUUGAUGGUAACCAUAAAAUCAGGACAGAUCCUGACAAGGCCCAUUUUUCUUUGCUACUGGGACUCCAUGGAAAGAAUUCCUUCAGCCUCCAUGCAAUCUAGCUUAUUGGCAACUUUAUCAGAUUGUAUAAGGAAGGAGCCAGGCAGGCUUUGUAAAACUUGGGUGUGGCAUUUCCAUUUAACACUAUUUUACUCUUGAUAUGUUUGAGCUUUCUAAUGCCAUCUUUGAACACUGCUGUAGCAUCAACCAGUACCUUUCUUAAUUCGUUUUCAGUUAACUCUAUUGCAGGGGAUGCAGCAUGCAAAUAGUGGAUGAAUCUCCAAUCAAGUUCUAUUUGUUUCAACCAGUCACGACCCCACAAUGCUGGCCUUCAUGUUUUUACCACAUACAAGCCCAGUUUGGCUUGUUGAUUGUUACAUUUCACUGUUAGGAAUGUCAUUCCCACAAGAGUUAUCUUUUCUCCAGUAUAAGGUCUUAGUUAGAUCUCCGCAGGGAUCAUUUCAGUAUUUUUGAAAUGCCAUUCAAACUCAUUUUGUGGAAUGACUGAAACAGCUGAGCCAGUGUCCAAUAACAUUUUAAUGAAUUUGCUGCUCACUUUGGUGUAAGCCACAUUGUUUGUCUAUUGUUAUUUUUCGUCGAUAGCAUGCUGAUUAAUUCUCUUCUUGAAACUGCAACUUGAUCUUUUCCUCUUUUUUCCUCUUCCUUGUGCAAUCCAUUUAUUUUUUCCUGCCCAACAUGCUCUUUGUAUGUGUCCUCCUUUGUUGCAUUUUCUGUGUUUUGUCUUUAAAUCUGCAUUGUUCUGGUGUAUGUGAGCCCCUGCCACAAUGGUAACAGAAUUUGUUCAACCUAGUUGGUUUCUUUUUAGAUGUUACAAUUUUAUUCGUGUUCAUUUUCAUUCCUGACUGCAACUUAAUUGUCUCUCUCUGCUGUUUCCAUUGAUACAGCUAUUUCAACUGCUCAUUUAAGUAUGAGUUCUGAUUCAGUUUGGAGCCUUUUUUGAAUGCUUUCUUGUAAGAUUCCACAAACUAAAUGAUCUCUCAGUGCAUCUUUAAGCCCACUACCAAACUGACAAUACUCAGACAAUUUCUUCAAUUCAGCCAUGUAUGCUGAUAUGAACUCGCCCUCCUUUUUGAUUCCGCUUAUGAAACCUAAAGCAUUCUGCAAUUAGCAAUGGUUUUGGUUCUAAGUGUGCCUCUUUUGCUUUCACAAUAUCAGCAAAGUUUAUUUCAGCUAGUCUGGUUGGAGCAGUCAAACCUCUAAGCAAACUGUGUGCCUUUACAUUCAAUGCACUCAGCAAAAUUGGCACCAACUUUUCAUUGGCUAUUUCAUUCACUUCAAAAUACCACUCAAUCCAUUCCAAAUACAAAUUCCAGUAAUCUGUUCUGUAGUCAAACGCGUCAGUCUUCCUGAUCAUUUCUGGUCUUUUUCUGUGAUCAUUAUCACCUGGUACUCACUGUUUAUGAACCCAUCAAUUCUUCCAUUUUCUGCCUUUUUGAAAGCUAGAUAGUGUCUCCUCUUCAUAGAACACAGGCUGUAAUAAUUUUUGUUUAAAAUUUGAAGGUCUCGCUAUGCUUCAACAGGUAGGUAGUUGUUUUGGUCUUCUUUAAAACUUCCUCGUCACCACUGUUUGUAACUCCAAACCAUUAAACUAACUGUAAUAAAAAGAUGGGAGCCCAGGAGAUAACUUGUGUAUGUUUAUUUUUAUUUUAAGCGAGGUGUGUCAUGGCAUAUGCACUUCACAUUUUUACAUAAUGAAGUAUUUAAACAAGUAAUGCUUAAUCAAACUAUAUAUUUGCAAUAUUACUGAAAUCUAUAGCAACCACCACCUUCUCGGGCAUCUAAGGAUGGGCAAGUAAAUGCUGCCUCAUCCUUCAAAGCUCACAUCCAUGGGGAAAGAAUAAAAGGAAAAUUGAUUCAUAAUUCAAUAUUUCUAUGCCUUGUGUGCUUCUACUCCUAGAUUCAUCUUCUCCACAGACAGCCAUGAAACAAAAAAGGAACAUAAAGAGAAACAUAAACCCUGUCUCCCCACACGCCAACAGCAACAAGAUAAUGUAUAGCUACAAACCUGUACAUAUUGGAUCUACUCUAUGCCUCAGUUCCCAGAACAUUUAAGAUCAAAAACUUUGUUCUGAAUCAGCACUAAAGUGAUGGUUAUUAUUUCAAGGUUCAGCCAAUUCAUCCAUGAAACCAGGAAAAUAAGCAAUCUGCAUUGCCAUCUUGCACAUGACAAUUUGUUCUUUCGAUGGUGUGCUAAUCCAUUUUGCUGAACUGUGCACUUCGCAAUACUGGACCUCAGCAUGGCAGACUUGCACAUUAAAGGCAAUAAGAUGUGUUAUUCGCUGAUGUUCAUUAUCCCUUUAUUUUCAACUCCGGAUUAAAAAGUCUAUCUAUCUUGUUUACAAUACAGAGCAUCUUUUGCAAGUUUUGCAUGCUGUUUUAUUAAUCAUAACCAGAUAUAUCAUUUAGAUAUGAUGUACUUUCUACUCCAGACCCAGUACUUCUGGUUGGUUUUAUUAUGUGGAUGAGAUGAUAACUGUAAAAUUAUUGUUCAGGCUGCAGAUACAGAAAAAGUCAUAAAAUUUCUGACAUUUAAGUAAUUUUUCACCAGCCAGUGAAUAAAAUGCCUCUGACCUGAGUGAAUGAAGUUUGAAAGGGGCAUUAGCAAUGGUCACCAAUUCAAGCUUUAUUAGGUAAAGAUAGAGCGGGUUGACUGAUAUUUUAGAGGUGGACUAAUUCUGAAUGAAAUUACAUUCCAUUGCGAAAUGAAUGCUUAAUGGAAAAUUGUUCCAGUAGUGGCUAACUAAAGGAGCUCUAAAUUACAAGGCUUUUAAUAUUGUGAAGAAUAGUACCUUUGAUUAGAACGAUGUAUUUUUAAAAGUGAAGGAUAGUCAAAAGAAAAAUUCUGAAAGGGGAAAACAUUGAGGAUGAAAGUUAAAAGAUGGCAGCCUUAGAUGAAGAGGUGUUUUAAGUUUAGUCAAAAAGAAAGUGCAAAGUUUGAAACUGUAAAUUUGAUACAAAAUGGGCUAGAUCAUAGAAGGUAGAGGGGUGUUUUCCUGGCUGGAGAUCUAUGACUGGUGGUGGUCUGUUAGGAUCAAUGUUGGAGUCUAUUUUGAUUGUCAUCCAAAUGAUUGAUAUCUAUUAUGCUGUCGGUGGGCAGAUUAGUAGACUUGCAGAUGACACAAUAUUGGUGGAGUUGUAGGUAAUACAGAAGGUUGUGAAUGGCUACAGCAGGAUUAUGGUAAAGAGAAGAUUUGCUUUAUUUGUCACGUUCAUCAAAACUGGAAACAUGCAGGGAAACACAACAUUUGUGUCAACAGCCAACACAAUCAGUAUAUGCUGGGGUAACCUGUAAAUGUCUCCAUGCUUCCACUGCCAACAGAACAUGGCCACAACUUUCUAAUUCGUCCAACUUUGGAAUGUGGGAGGAAGCCGGAGUAUAUAGAAGAAAUGUAUCAUCACAGGAAGAACAUACAAAAUCCUAACGGAUAGCUGUAGGGAUUGAACCUGCACUGCUGCCGCUGUAAAGUAUGCUAACACUAUGCUGCUUCAGUUGUAAAUUUGGGCGGGUGGAGUUUAAUCUGGGCAAGUGUGAAGUGAUACAAAUCCAGGAGGAAAGUAUACAGUAAAUGGCAGAAUCCUGAGGGGUGUUGAGUUACUGAGAUAUUUAUGAGGGGUGAUUCAUAAGUUUGUGGCCUAAGGUAGAAGGAAUCAACUUGAGAAAACCUAUCACAUUUA